AUGGAUGCAGGAAAUUGGCAACCUUUGCCAGACAGCAGCUAUCUGUCCUUUAAGGAUUCGAUCUCCAUUCAAGCUCUUCAUUUGGAUAGUAGCAAGGGAUCUCCUGGUGUUAAGCUGAACAUUGAUGGAUCCUCUCAUGGGAAUCCGGGGGAGAGCGGUGGAGUUGGGGUUCUCAGAGACCCCCAUGGCGGGGUCAUCUUCGCUUUCCAUAGGUACUACGACCACGCUUCGAACACGAUUGUGGAGGCUCAGGCUAUACUUGAUGGAAUUACUUUAUGUAGCAAAUUGGGCUUCUCCAGAAUCAUUGUGGAAUCUGAUUCUAAAGUUGUGGUGGAAGCUGCCGCUGACCCCUCGGCUCAUUGUCCUUAG